CUAGUCCCUGGGCUGCAGGCGCAGCUGCUACACAUACACACAGCGGCCGCUGCUCUGUGGGCAGCUCCUACUACUGCUGAGCUGGGCUGGGCGGGCUGCGCCGGAGCUCGCCUGCACAGACCGGCUGGGAGACAGGAGAAAAGCCACUCUUCUCUGACCAGCCUCAGAGCCAAGCCAGAUCUGCCAGCGAGCCUCAGGCGGCAGGAACUGAAAAGUGUGUCUGAAAAGCCCACCCAGCACCCCAAUGGCCAGCAACAACACUGCCAGCAUAGCACAAGCCAGGAAGCUGGUGGAACAGCUGAAGAUGGAAGCCAACAUCGAUAGGAUAAAGGUGUCCAAGGCGGCUGCAGACUUGAUGGCCUACUGUGAAGCUCAUGCCAAGGAAGACCCCCUUCUGACCCCUGUUCCGGCGUCAGAGAACCCAUUUAGGGAGAAGAAGUUUUUCUGUGCCAUCCUUUAAGUCUUCAAGAGGAGCCUGAAGAGCCUCAGGGCUCCUGGGACACUGAUGUAGAGUUUUUAGCAAAGUGGGCACCUUUCUAGUCCACAGCAUUUAAAUAGAGGGAGGAGAACCAUCCUGGGAACUCCAGGCUAUGCAUGUUUAAAGAACUGGUCCCCUUUAUGAAAAUGAAAGUCAAUCCACACCCUGAGUUCAGAGCUCUGAUACCUGCAGAACUGCCUGGAGGAGGGGACUACGUAAAGAUAAAAUCCGAGUCAUUCCUUUUCUGCUAUCCCUCCCCAAACCUUCUGUUUCCGCUUCGUAUUUAAAAAAUAAAAAUUCAAACAGACCACUGUACUGAGCUAAGAUAUGUAUGACCUUUUUGGAAUGAAUAUUGCCUUUAGAAUACCCUUUGAUCAGCUGAGUUGUCCAGUGUAACUGCGGUUUGGUUUAAUGGCAUUGAUGUCUAGUCUUUGUGCCUUCGUUUUCCCUUCCUUCCUGGCCCUCCCUCUCUACCCCACCCCAUUAGAAUAGUACAGAGAUAGGGCUGGACUUGUCUCUGAGACUGAACUCCAAGGAUGAGCACCCAAAAUGUUUAGGGAGACGUUCCCCGUGGUUUAUCCUCAUGGUAGUAACAAAAACAAUGCCGGUUGUCUGUGUUCUCUUGCCGCUAUUCCUAAUAUUUGUACAUGAUAGCUUUGAUUCCGCAAGUAAAAGUAAAUCAUGUGUUGUGACUGGUGCUUUCAUAUAUUUGUGACAGUUUUCGAGUACUCUUGCAUGAACAUGUCCCUAUGUUACAUCCAUUCAGAAGUUUUGUUGUUUUACUAUAGAGAUUGAAAAAGGAAUGAUAGAGAAAAGAAGCUGGGAAGGAAAAAACUCAGUAUCUUGAAGAUUGAGAUUACUUCAGCGCCUUAGCCAUGCCUAAAAUACCUCUUAGUUAUCAGUGGUGUAAAUGCCUCUUCAACGUGAUUUCCAGAAUCCAAAGCAUUUGGGUUUUAUCUGGGGUUCGUGCCUCACAGGUACCACCAAGCAGGAGACGUAAGGCCCCACCGUGAGCAGGGAGGUGCUUUUGUCGCAAAGAGUAGAUUCCGCCUUUCCCCAAAUCACGUAAAUUCUAGAUUGAAAGAACUCUCUGUGCUCUUAAGAAAAAUGUGGCCCCUUUUUUUGUUUGUUUGUUUUUGGUUUUUAUUUUGUUAUUUUUUUUCCAAGUAUCAGGAGAAAUGAACCCAUGGCACCAGAGAAAACUCAUUCUCAGAAUCCCAGCCAUUCGCCUGCCUGGGAGAAGGGGGCAGGCGUGGCCCCCAGGGGCCCCUCCACCAGAGGGGGCCGGGCUCUUUUUUCCACUGAGAUGGUCUUUGUGUGUCAUUCACUUAUUUUUCCACUAGAAUCUUUCCUCUGUUUUCGUUCUCCAUCUUGUUUGUUAGAGUCUCUCAGACUUUAUUUACAACUUCCUUGGGAAGAGAGAGCCCUCCCUUCCCAAGAGGUGACACUCAUGGACAGUGACUUUUCACGGCAGCUCUAGUCUCCGCCGGUGAUGGGAGGCACUGGAAACCUUUAUCAGAUCUUGUUGGCUUCAAAAGGCCAUUUCCAAAUUAAUUUUAUUUUCCUCUCUUUCCUUACCCCCAAUUUUUUUAAAGCAAAAGACAAAAAAACUUAAUAUGCCAAGACAGAUUAUGAAACAGACUUGGUAAAUAUUUUCCUUAGUCCCUGUUUAUGGGCAUGUGGGUAGAAGAAUAAAUGCAUCCAAUUAAAGCUCACAUCUGGGGUAAAGCAAGGAGAAUACUCAAAUAUUUGUGAAAGAAAGGAAUGCACUUCUAUAACCGGAUACUCCCGUUCAAACUUUGGGAUUUUGUUAUAGUCAGUAGGACACAGAUGAGACUUAGGGAAAAACCAAGGCAGAGCAUGUAUUGAACUACACUGUUGUACCAUCAGCUUGGCGAUGCUGUGGACUCAGCUAAAACCAUGUCCAUUUUUAUAUGAGCCAAAAUAUGAAUCAAACGUGGUCACGUAAAAACAGCCAUGAAUAAGCACUCUGGUGGCGAUUAAAGGCAUCAUUAUAAGGCCCUGAUGACUUGCAUGAUCCACACUACUUAUUUUUCUCAGAAGACUAUAUUUUCCUGUUAAUCUACAUCUUUGGGACAAUGAAAAUGGAAUUAAAACUUCAGGAAGCAUCACAAUACAGCUCUGGUGACUAAAAAUUAAGGAGGUUCCAAACUUCAUGUGACUUUUUUUGUAAAAGAACAAAGAAGGUAGUAACCAUGCAGCCCAUCUGAUUUAAGUUUAAGAAAAAUGUUUUGGCUUUUUCAUAAUUUCAUGUUCUACAGUAUGGAAUUAUAAUACAAGGGUCUUUAUAUGAGUUUAGCUUGUUGAUAGUUUUACUUAUGAAGGGGAAAAAUCUUUUAUGAUUACUUAUGCCUCUAAAAAGUUUUAAUUCUUUUAGAGAUUCAACAACCAUUUUCACCAGCAUAAUUUUAUCUUAAAGGGGAAACUUAUUUUAAUUACUAAAGUCCCUAAUUUCUGUGUAUAAUGUAUUGAGUGGUAAUGAAAUCUGACAUAGAGUUAGUUAAAUAAUAACAAUAACCUUCAUAUUUUUAAAAAUUGCAUUCUCAAUAGUAACUCCAGUUUUUUUCAAUUUUUAAAACAAAUACUGUUCUAUUUAAAUCAGAGUUUGUAAAUAAGUACGUUGAUCUGAGGCUAAUUUGCUAACAAUAUUGGCAAGAGAUUGCUUACCAAGGAAAAACAGAAACCAUUUCUUCAUACACUUACUCACUAAUGGAAUCUUGAGAAUCAAGCAUGCUGUGUGAAGGAAUUUUUGUACUCUCUCUCUUUUUAAAAAUUAUUUGUUUCUAGCUGCUCCUAGCAAUGGCGAGUUGUAACAUAUAUGCAUUGUUUUCCCAGCCCCCAAACUGUUCGUAUUGUUCCUAUAUAAGGCCUAUCAAAGUGUCUUUCGGAGAGAAGAAAUACAGAAAUGUUAAAGCAGGAAGACCUGAAUGUGAUGUGCACAGUUUCACCCCACGUGGACCAUUCAUUUGUUUUAAUAAAUGGAAUUUUCAGACUCA